AUGUAAUUCUUUAUCAUAAUUUUUGGGUUUCGCAUUUUUCUAUUAAACUCAUACGCAAUCACCUGUGAGGUUCAAAAAGUAUAACCCGUAUUAGCAUCUAAAUCAUAAUUUGCCAAUUGUUUUAUAUUGGAAGGGAAUGAGGAGGAUUAUUACUAAUUGAAAAGUAUUGAAAAAGAAAUUGUAUAAAAAUCCUUUAUUAUUCCCUACAAAGACACACCAAUCUAAACUAAAGUUUUCAAAAUUUAAGAUUAUGUCAAAAUAUAAGAAAAGCUUAUCUGUUCCUUAUUUCUUAAUUAUUAGCAAUAUUAUAUUACAUGUAUCAGCUUUGAUACAUUAGAUUUUGAAAAAAAUAAUGGGAAUUCAAAAAUACAGCUUAAAGUAGAGACAACUAUUUCAUCGUAAGAAAUUUGUGAUGAAAUUCAUUUAUUGAGUGAAAGCUUCUAUCUAAUUUGUUUGAGUGAAUUUUAUUUAAAACUAUAUUCUGUAAGUCUAACAGGCGAUACACAACUUAUUAAUGAACUUAAUGUUUCUAUUUAAGUUUAAAAUUAAUGCAACAUGAAGCAAGAAAAAAUUAUUUAAAACAAUUAUUUUAUCAUAGCAUUUUUCUAAUGUUCAGAAUGGAUUAUUGUUGAAAUUAAUGAUAAGGAAAUGAAAAUUAUAUUGCAAUCUAAAUGAAGGAAUCUAAUUCCUCUCUUUAAGAAUUUUCUUAUGUUGAUGAUGUAUAAGUUUGUGAUUUCUUCAAAUAACUUAUUUAUCUUAUAGAAGGAAAUAAUUACCUUCAAGUUAGAUGGACCUAAAAUGGAAUAUAUUAUUUAGUAUUUAAGAGCAAAAAUCUAAUCUUAAAACUGAUACUGAUUAAUCAAUGCACCAAUAUUAUUCUAGCCACAUAUAUUAAAGAAAACAAUGCGAAACUAAUUUAAAAUUUCGAUAACGAAGUUAUAUUAAAUUAUCCUUUUCGAGGCGAACAACUAUAUUAUUCUUCCCAGCUCUUCUUUCUAUAAAAUUAAACGGAAUUCAUAAUCAGUAUUGAUGAACACUUAACUCAAACAUAUUAAAUUCUUAAUUCAUCAUUAACCUUUCUAAAAGAGGAUAACUUAUUUUAUUAAAUAGACAAAACUAAUAAUUUGCUAUAAUUCUAUAGAUAUUUUCCAUUUAGUAGCAUUAUUUACCCCAAAUAACAAUUUCUUUAUAUUAUUUAGAAAGCUUAAAAAACAGGUAAAUAAUCAUUAAUAAGUUGUUUAAAAAUGUAAUAUCAAGAUGAGAUGGAUGGGAAGAAUACAGCAAAAGAAUCAACAAGAAUCCUCAAAAAUUGCUAAGACAAGUAAAAAAUUAACUUUAGUAACGAAUGGCUUUAAUCAUAUCCCUAACAAAACUUUUCUAUUUUAGAUAAUCAGAAUAAUAUAAUCAACCUUAGUAUCUGGAAUGAAGAAAAAAUAGAAAACCAUUGCUAUUAACAAUUAACAAGAUAUAAGUUUAAAGGCAAGGUUUAACUAAUAUCUAUGAAGUCUUUGUACCUGUUAGUUUUUUAAGUUGAGAAUAUAAUUUAUUUUCAGAAUUGUUAAACAAAUAAAAUAUACAUGACAGUAAAUAGGAAUCAAUAUGAAGUAUAUGAAAGUAUGGAAGAUUAUUAUCUAGUUGAUAGAACAAAUAAAUAAAUAAAGGUUAUGUCUGAAUUUUAUAUGCGUAGAAAUUACGUUGGUGAUAUGCACUUGGAUGUUGAAAUAAUUAAGGUCUAAAAAGUCAACUAAUAACUAAUAAUUUAUUUAAAAAAUUAUAAAUAUCCCAUUCUUUUCUCCAAAUCACAUUUCUUAUUAACUGAUCUGAAGUAUAGGGUUCUCAAAUUGUUAAUUCUUAUUUUUUUUCCAAGAAUAUCUAUCACAAAAACUUUAUUAGCCAGAAUAAAUACUUUAUUAUGA